AUGUUUUAUCAGUGUUUAGGAUUGCUACUCGUGGUGUCCAUUAGUGCAGUACCACUGCCUGAAGAAGUGGAUUAUAGUGGAGAAAUUCCGAACUGUCGUGAUGGUGGAAAACCUCUGCUAGCCGCAGAUAUUGGAGUUCAUACAUGUGACAAAAAUUGUCCGGAAGGAUUUCGAUGUGAAUAUAAAACAACGGAUGAUACUACAAGGAAAGGUGUAGUGAAUAUUUCUUAUACUGAAAGCUAUUGA